CCUUUGGCAGAUUAUUUUUUGUGGGGGAAAUGUUUUCUUGGAGGUUUCUCAGAAAUUGACCAACACGUUGUAUCUUCGUUUCCUCCGGACAAUUUCUGUUUUUUAAAAUAUUCUGAACAAACCUUGCCAAUUUUUUAUUUUCUUUCAAGAGUUCAAUCCUGUCUGGUCGUUAACCCGCCAGUCUUUAUUAUCAACGCAUGCCAUUAGAGGAAUUCUGGGCGUUGUCUUGCCAAUUUUUAACCUUUUCAACGAGGUAAACCAUCUGUUUUAUUUGGUUGUAUUAUACUCCUCCUUCUGAGUUGGUUGGCGAAUGUGUUUUUUUUAGGAUUGCAUGUUGAUUGGGCUGUAAAAGUAAUGGAUCUAGCUAGGGAAUCUUCAAUGGGAGGUGGGGAUGCUGAGGAGAUGGACAGAGAACCCUCUGGGGACAUUCCUCUUAUGCGUAACCCCUUUCGACGAUCCCGCUUUCCAGGCAUGGUGAGACAAAGAGCCUAUAUAUUUGAUGGUUUCGGAAAAUUUUACAACAAAGAAUGGGAUCUUGCUGAAGGCAGGGGGAAUGAAUUCUGUUGGUACCAUGUAGAACUUCCAAAAAGUAAUCAGAAACUUUCACUAUCUGCACAAUGCCUAAUUGAUGUUCUUUGCCCUCCUUUGAAACUCCAAGACAUCUUGUCACUAGUUAGCAAUGGACCCUCUUGUAAUUAUGUUGAUGGGGCACUUGUGUUUAGAGUUAAUUCUGCUGGUCCUCCUUCUAGCGAUUUUACAUUUAGAUUAGCUGCUAGAGUUACUGAGAAUUCAGUAAUUACUGUGUCAUUAGGCCGUGUUCCAAGAUUGGGUUUCUCACCAAUGGGUCAAUCUCUACUCUCGGAGAUUCCUAGCGUGGAGACUCCCCCUCACCACGAAGGGGAGCAAAAGAAGGGGGGUGGAAUUGUGAUUAAGGAGCAUGUUCUUGAGUUCUUACUAACAAUGAACCACUCUGAGGAGGCUGAUAAUCCUGUUCCAAGAGCUGUCUCAAACCUUGUUGUUCACAUUAUUGACACACAUGUAGAUCAACUUCAGGAUGUUGUGACUAAACUUGAGAUAGAGCUAGAUGCUGUGGAGAUCGAACUUGACAAAGGUAGUUUUGCUUUGAAGAAACAAAUGCUAGAUGAUAGAAGAUUCCCCAAAAUGCAUCUUAAUCUGCAGCGUCUGCUGCAGGUGAUUGCACAAGGGGAGCAAGUAUUUCCUCGAGUAAAAGAAAAAUGCUCUUCAAAGAGAUGGUUUGCCAAUAAAGACAUUAACUCCCUAGAUGAGUUAAUGGGACGGCUGAGGAGGCUAAAAGAGAAUGUGGGGUUUAUUGCAAAUCGUGUCACAGCAAUUCAGGCAGGUCUGGAUAGCUGGCAGUCGGAGCAAAUAAAUAAGAAACUGUAUUAUCUUUCAUUCCUUUCAAUUGUAUUCCUUCCAUUGUCUAUAAUUACUGGAGUGUUUGGCAUGAAUGUUGGGGGAGUUCCAUGGACAGGACAAAAGGACCCAGAAUUGCAAGAUGGUUUCCGUAAUGUCAUGUUGCUCUGUCUGGUAAUGCUAAUUCUCGUGCUUAUGUGUUUCCUUUUCCCUUUACUUUACGGUCGAUUAGCUUCUUGGAGGAGGAGGUGGGCUACAAAAAGAAGCUGGUCCUUCAACAGGAAGUCAUUUCUCUACAAAACCCAUGGAGGCGGUGAAGAAAGAAGCGGUUACCUUCGCAUUUGAGUAAGUAAAUCAACAAUAGUUUGAAAAAAAGAACACUGCACGAAUCAGUUCAGUUUGAUUUGCCCGAUUUAUCUCUAGUUACAGAAUUAACUUCUGUCCUUAAGUUACUAUAGAAACUUCUCAUGUGAGUCUUGAACCAAUUUGAUCUGACUGGUUCUUGAAUGAAUUAUGCCUUCUGACAUAUAUACAAUUACCAAUAAAAUUAUUGAUCCCCUGCCUAGAAAUUCCAAUUCUUUACCCAAACGUUCAGUAUGUAUAAGAGGUUGAGAUUAUUGGUGAGCCUGUUUUUAAAUGGCUUCUGUUUGUAUUGUAACUGGGUUGUAAUUUACAGAUUUUUUUGGAACCAUUGAACACAAUGUACAUGUUGUAACAUCUAUCUUUCUGAAUAUAUAAAUGUACAUUCUUUUCUUUUUU